GAAUAAGAUUAACAAUCGAAUAACCUGGGUUGAAAUCUGCUGUUAGGUCUCAUUUGUCGUAGCUGUUGUUCUUCUUUCAUGGUGGAGGUGUUGCAGAAACCAUGGCGGAGGUUUCAGACGAAAGCAGUUGGAGACGGAACGAAGAGAAAACAAAACUCCUUUUCUAUUGUGAAGUCAAGAUACUAUUUUACCCUUUCUUGCAUAAUUGCGAUGCGAGAAAUCAGCGAGGGUAAUUUUGUAAAAGAGGGUGGACAAGGUCCAAAAAGACCCUCUUUUCUUUAUACAAUAUCGGUGUUUCUGGGGUUAGUUUCAAAAGAAUUAGUCGAUGGAAGAAUAGUUUCAGAUGUCAUGAACAGAUCAAUAAUCAAAUCCAUUCUGGUUGAUAAAGAUGAAAUCAUCGAUUGUUAUGAUAUCUACAAACAACCUUCGCUUAAUCAUCAUUUGCUUCGUAAUCAUACAAUACAGGUUAAACCUAGUAUGAGCCCGACGAAUAUGAAAUUAGAUAAUUUCGGGACACUUCAGAUUACACAGGCCUGGCAUAAGUAUGGAAAAUGUCCACAAGGAACUAUCCCUAUACGUAGGAAUAUAAAAGAUUCCCGUUCAAUACUUUCGCACAAAUAUCGUCGUCAGAAAUUUUCUCAUUAUAAAAUGCCUAGUACAGUACAUUCAAACGGUGAUAGGAGCGGCCGUGAUAAGAGCGGCCAUGAGUAUGCGGUAAUCAGGGUGUUCGGGAAUUUUCUAGGAGCACAAGCAAAAAUAAAUCUUUGGAAUCCCGUUGUGGAAACACCACUUGAGAUAAGUGUAUCUCAAAUAUGGGUUGUAGCCGGUGAAAAUGAUGACAUCAAUACUAUUGAAGCUGGAUGGGAAGUGUCAGAAAAUAUAUAUGGUGAUAACCAGACCAGAUUUUUUAUAUUGUGGACGCCGGAUGACUACAAAACUGGUUGCUACAACCUCAUGUGUGAAGGUUUUGUGCAUACAUCCUCAAAUAUCGCCAUUGGUUGCACUUUCACAGAAUUGUCCGCUUUCAAAGGAGAUCAAAAAGAUGCCACCUUUAGUAUACACAAGGACCAAAAUAGUGGAAAUUGGUGGGUGCAAGUACAAGGUAUUCCUGUGGGAUAUUAUCCAAGUUCGCUUUUUACCCAAUUAUCAAAGACAGCCACAGAAGUAGAUUUCGGUGGAGAAAUCUUUAAUCAAAGAUGGAAAAACCGACAUACUACGACUCAGAUGGGUAGCGGUCAUUUCCCUUCAGAAGGAGGUUUAGGAAUAUCUAGUUAUUUUAAUUAUGUCCAAGUAGUCGAUGAAAACAACGAAGCCAGAGACCCCAAAGAUGUUAUGACGGUUGUAUCGAAACCAAAUUGCUAUGAUUUAAAAAUUGAUGAAAAACAUAAAAACGGUUACGGUUUCUAUUAUGGAGGUCCUGGUAAUAAUGAAAAUUGUCAAUAAUACAGUCUGGAUGUAUUUCUUAGCUA